AUGGACUCGAGGCAUCAGCAAAUGGAAGAAGCGACCGCCGCCACGCAGCCCCUGGUGACGCAAAAUGACUUUUCCUCAAUACCCAUCGUCAUCAGCUGGCUGGCGGCUGUUGUAGUCGUGCUCUGCGUGGCGGCCAAGCUCGCCAUGAAGCUGAACAUGGUUCGCAAGCUUGCGCUUGACGAUUCUUGCAUCCUCCUUUCGCUGGCGUUUAGCAUUGGCAUGACGGCCGGCGUCAUAACGGCCUGUCACAACGGUCUGGGAAAGCGUCAGAGCGGACUCUCGGAUCGAGAGCUGCAAAUCUAUCAAAAGGCUGUCUACGCAGCGCGGCUCAUGUAUAUCCUGACGCUGGCCUUUUCGAAAGCCUCGGUGCUGGUUCUCCUCGGGACGAUAUCGUCCAACGCGACGCAUCGGGUCCUAGUCUACGCAACGGGCAUUUUCCUAUCUCUGUGGGCGCUGACUUCUGUCCUUGUCUCGGCCUUUGUCUGCGGCUUGCCUCGGCCGUGGGCGGUAUCAUCGGGGUGUAUUCAACAGUGCGUCAGCAUCGUGUUUGCCUGCGUGCCCUACUUGAAGCAGUUCUUCCUGUCGCUGGAAAGCGGCAUGAUCCGCGUGGACGACGCGCGACGACGCGAGCGGACAAGCUCGACGUGGCGCCGGGGUGCUCGGUCGAGGACGCCCGACAGAAGCAAGGGCUCGACCUUGGAGAGCCGCGAGCUGGCCGAGCUGCAGCCCGCGGCUGGCUCGUGGGCCGGCGUCAACGUCAGCUCGGCUAGGGGAGGACUCGAGGACGGCGACGCCGACAGCAUACGGAGCACGGCCAGGAUCAUUCGGGCGACGAGGACGUUUGAGGUGCAUAGGGAGAAUGUAAAGGACGGUGAUUCUGGGGCAUGA